AUGGCGGCUCUCCCAGCAGAUGCUAGUGCUCCCAUUCCUAUGGGAUCGAUUCAAGGUCAGCCAGUAACUCCAAAUCUAGUUGGUGUCGGCACUCCUUUUCAAGCUUGGAACCCCGCUACAGAUACCACGUUCCAUUUGUGUGACGGAGAUAUUCUCACUCCCAGGUUAGGAACAGCCAUACCUAUAGUUACAAACAAGAAAUGUACAUUGGAUCGUCAAGGUCGAAACAGAAAAGAGCGCCUUGAAUGGCGUAAACUCUCAGCUGAGGGCGGGAACACCCAAACGCGGACUAGAAUUAGUCGGUACAUUUUCAAUAAUACAAACCCUAGCCCCAACCGCCCUUACCUGCGAAAUGGCCUGCAACCUUGGUUUCCUUUGCCAAAUGCCGCACCAGCCUUUCAACCACCGAAAUAUAAUGUGAAUAUUGUGCCAGGUUGGUAUUUACUAUAAAUCCAUUUCUUCCCAUCUUCUUUCUCUAUCUCUCCAGUGUCAUGCCGUCAAAAAUAUAUUUCAACGAGGCCUUUCAAGCUGAUAUUCGAUAGGGGGUGCCAAUGCAACUUUUGACGUUGCGGUUGUAGUCAAUUUUGAGGACUACUAUCCACGAAAUGUACAAGCCGGUUGGAGCGGAGAAAGGAAUCAGGAGUUCAGGCUGUGUAUACGGCGUAUAAUGCGUGCCCUUCAUCGACCAGGGCAGAUGCCACCAGGCACCGCAGCAACUCCCGUCGCUCAGCCUAAUUGGUGGCCGGCUGGGGCGCCUCCCAUGAGCGUUGCUUUCAAUCUAAUUGGUUCUAGUCGUGCCCUUGGAUUUGGGCAUUAUAACUCUGCGGAGCAGAUUAUGGGGGCCGUUAUCUCGUGGUUAGGCGGAAACGCGGCGAGAAGAAUCUUUUUCAACGAUGUAUUCUUUUUGAUACCGACCAUACGUGCUUGUAAUCAGAGUGCUCGAGAGAAAACAUUUGAUGCUUGGAAAAAAGCAUGGGAGUAAGAAUAUUGAUAUAUGGUUACAAAAAUCAAGCAUGCGCUAAUGACCGCAUUUAAAGGCAUUAUAUUACCAACACCCCUCCUCCUCCACCGCCUGCAAUACCCCAGAAUAUACCGCUCAAUUUUCUAGCUACAAUUAAUCAAUCCAAUACAGCCUUUCCCAACCUAACACCUUUGUGGGUAACUGCACGGGAAGAUAUGUUGGACCCUGCUCAGGUUAUUGAGGAUGCAGUGCCCAUCAACACAUUUGUAGAAACUGCUUUUGGGGCAAGAACUAGGAGCCGAUACCUGGAAUAG